AAACAAAUUGAUUUAGACAGAACUCUAAUCUCAUGCUCUAAACUAAUUAAAAAAGAUGUCUCAGCUCAAUCCCUGAAUAGGAUUAAUUUUAAAUUAGGAGUCCCUGAGUCCUGUUAUGAAAAAUUACUAUGCCCGGAUAUCUGGCCAACAAAUGUUACCGUUAAGCCUUUUCUGAAUUUUCGGAAGGGUCGACGAAAGCUAUUACGGACGUAGCAAGUAGUACCCGACUAAUUUAUCUGGUAUGAGAACCAAGUCUGAAAUGGUGCACAACUUUAGUGAGCAAAUGAAUUACGACAUCUUUGUUUUCGUCGAAACAUGGUUGAAUGAGAAUUUUUUUGACGGUGAAUUCUUCAACUCAAAUCUGUUCAAUGUAUUUCGUAAAGAUCGUGAUGCUGAAAAAACUGGCUGCCUUCGAGGAGGUGGUGUUCUUAUUGCCAUUAAGCGUCAACUGCAAGCGUCUUUGGUCACACUUUCGAAUGGUGAUUCUUUACUGGAUCAGCUUUGUGUUUGUGUUAACGGUUCCACACCGCAAGACUCUUUGUAUCUUCUUGCGUCGUACGUGCCCCCGGGCAGCUCUUUCGAAUUAUACAAGGCCCACGCAGAUAACAUUGCUUCAUUAGUCUUAAACAACGUUAAGGAGCAUCACCUCUGCGUGCUCGGCGAUUUUAACCUACCUAAUAUUAAUUGGUCAACCAGCAUUUCUAAUAAUUACGGUCUCACGCCAAAUAAUGUCAACUCAAGUCAAGAAUUGUAUUUCAUCGAUAAUGUACUUAGUCUUAACUUAAUUCAAAUUAAUAAUUAUUUUAAUUCUCUAAAUAGGCUACUGGAUCUUAUAUUUAUAAGUGACAAUUUUUGUUGUGAAGUUAGUGAGUGCCUGAAUCCAGUUACUUCUAAGGACAGACAUCAUCUACCACUUGUUGUCGAGUUUAGAUUUUAUCAUUUUCCUCCGGUUACUACUGUGAGUAGACCAAUCUUUAAUUAUUCUUCGUGUGACUUUGUAAGUCUUAAUGAUAUUUUACUUGAAAUAAAUUGGGAGGAGCUACUUGGUGGGCUUGAUACAUCUGUCAGCUUUUCCGCUUUCAAGUCGAUCGUAUACACCCAAUGUUUAGAUAGGAUCCCCCUGCGGGUAAAAAGAGCCUAUAAAUUACCUUGGUACACUAAAGAAUUAAAUAAACUCAAGAAUCUUAAAAACAAAUUCUUAAAAAAAUUUCAUAAGAGUAAGAAUAACUUCUUCUUCAGUAAAUAUAAGCUAUACUUAAAGGAUUUUAAUAUUUUGAAUAAAACUCUUUAUUCCGAGUAUAUGCGCAAAAUAGAGGGAAACAUUAAAUCGAAUCCCAAAAGUUUUUGGAAAUAUCUUAAGGACAAAAAAAGUUCCGCUAGUGUGCCUACCGGAGUUUUCCUUGAUGAUUACUCGGCGAAAACUCCGGAUGAGGCAGCUAACUUAUUUGCCGAUUUUUUUAAAUCGAAUUUUUCUGUGGACGAUAGUAGUCUGCCGCUUGAUUUAUCGAAUAGUCUGAACUCUGCCUUAAAUUUCGGAGCUCUACAUCUUUCUUCUGAGGAUAUUAUUAGAGCUGUUAACGAUCUCAAAUCUUCUUCUCAAACAGAUUUAGACGGAUUUUCCCCCAUCUUAUUGAAAAAUUGUCCGGCCCUGGUUUUUCCUCUUCAACUUAUUUUCAACAAAUCACUCUCGUCUGGGAUCUUUAUUGACGAUUGGAAGGUUACGUCUAUUACGCCUGUCUUCAAAAGUGGCAACAAAAAUGAUGUGCGUAACUACAGGCCCAUUUCCAAACUGACCACCGUCUCCAAAAUUUUUGAACAUGCAGUCAAUGCUAAGUUGAGCUUUGCGGUUAAGUCCCUUAUUUCUCCCUAUCAGCAUGGUUUCGUUGCGGAGAGGUCGACGAUUUCUAACCUUGCUGUCUUCAGUGAGUAUUGCAUUGAGUCCUUUUCGGCUGGCUCGCAGGUUGAUUGUAUCUAUACUGACUUUUCAAAAGCCUUUGAUAGGGUCUCUCAUCGAGUCUUAAUUUAUAAACUGGGAUGCCUUGGUUUUCAUUCUUCCUUUCUGUUAUGGUUAAGUUCAUAUUUAUCCAGCAGGCGGAGUGUUGUCACUGUGGAUGGGGUAUCCUCUAUUCCCUUUAUUGCCUCUUCAGGGGUACCACAGGGGAGUAUACUAGGUCCAUUAUUAUUUAAUCUUUUUAUUAAUGACAUCAGUAAUUGCUUUACAUUUGCUAAAUGUCUCCUGUACGCUGAUGACCUAAAAUUGUUCUCAAUUAUUAAGACGCCUGAUGAUGCAAUGAAAUUACAAGAUGACAUUUCCAAGUUACAUCUGUGGUGUCAUAAGUCUCAUCUGUCCUUAAAUGCAUCUAAAUGCUUUCACGUGACCUAUUCUAAGUCAUCUAAUAUUCUUCGCUCAAAAUACAGUAUAUCAAAUUGUGAACUUCAAUGUCUUAGUGAGAUUAAGGACCUUGGGGUUAUAUUUGAUAGCAAGUUUUCUUUCAACAGUCAUAUUAGCCACGUAACCUCUAAAUCGUACUCAAUGCUGGGUUUUGUUAGGCGCAAUACCGCAAAAUUUUGUGACCCAUAUACUUUUAAAGUUCUCUAUACUUCUUUUGUCAGGUCUCACUUAGAAUAUGCUGUCUUUAUUUGGCGACCUAGUACUAUGACAGCUAUAAAUAGACUGGAGAGAGUACAAAAACGUUUUCUUAAGUAUGCUAUUUGGUCGUUAAAUUUUGUGGAGCCCAUACCACCUUAUGCUGAUAAAUCUCAAAUCCUUGGAGAGUCGAAGAUCUAUACUCUCUUUGUCCUUUUCCUUCAAAAUUAUCAAGGGCCUAAUUGA